AAAAAAUGGAUCAUAAAAAAUAAAAUGAAAAUGUUUUACUUCUGCACCAUGCCUAGAUUUCUAAAGCCAUAUGAUAGGAUGUGUGAGGAACAGGUUAGUUUUGUGAACUGUAUUAACCGAUUAAUUGAUCUAGCUCUAAGGAGCUAAUUGUUCAGGAACUGAUAUCAUAAUCAAUAUUGUAUGGCUUUAGAAUGAGUCAUAUUGACCACUUUAAUGAUGCUUUGUUUCACAUUUUUUUGAUAAAGUUUGAUAGCCCCAAUCCUCAUUCACUUGAGGGUAUUCUUUCAACUCGCCUUUUGUGUUCCAAGGAAGAUUGCAAAUCAUUCAUAUUUGGGUGAGUAUUUCAAAAUGUAGGUAAGUGAUGACAGGAUUUUCAGUUUUGGGUCAACUGUUCCUUUAAACAUUUACAGUUGCAUCAUAUUAGGUCAAUAUUUAAACUCACUAACUUCUUUUCAUUUUCUUUUGUUAGUAUUCUCUCAUUCCUGUUCUUCCCUUAAUGAAGUCAACUCCUAAUUUACACUCAGCAGAUAGAAGUGUUCUUUAGAAUGCAGGACUUGUAGACCCUUGAAAGCCUUCUCAUUUGACCCACUCAUUACCUUUCUCUAACCUUUGUAUUACCUCACACUAAACCCUAACUAUUCUGAAAUAACUAACUAGCAAACAUACCAAUUUAAAGAUAAUUUAAUGACAUCCUUCUAACAUUUAACAACCUUUUUCGCAUUAGAUUCAUGCAUUUUUUUUUGUUUUAACUAAUUUUCAUGGUCUGUUUCACCUUCUCUGUCUUAGAAAGUGCGGUAGGCAGAAAUGGCGAGAAAGACUUGCUGCUGUUGCUGAAGAGCAUCACACAUGCUACACCAAAUGGCUCAAAACCAAGGACUCCUACAGUGCCUCCUACCACAGGGCUUUACCCUCAAGACUGUCAUGAGAUCUACCAAUUAGGAAUCAAAGAGAACGGAAUCUACACCAUUCAGCCAGAUCCAAUGCGGCCAGCACUAGAGGCUGUGUGUGACAUGGUUUCAGCUGGUGGGGGAUGGACGGUGUUUCAGCGCAGGUUUGAUGGACAGAUUGAUUUUAACAGAACCUGGCAAGCAUACCGUGAUGGAUUUGGAUCCCCACAGACAGAGCACUGGUUAGGGAAUGCAGUUCUAUAUGCCCUGACUGCAAACGGGCAUUACACACUCCUCAUUACUCUCCAAGACUGGCACGAACAGACACGUCAUGCUAACUAUAACACCUUUAAAGUGGCCGGAGAAAACCAGAGGUUUCGCCUCACUGCUCGAGAUUACCAUGGUGAUGCUGGCAAUGCACUCAGCUAUAGUAAACAGUAUAAUCAUGAUGGCAGAGCUUUCAGUACAUACGACCGGGAUCAUGAUCGCUAUGCUGCUGGUAACUGUGCCCGUUAUUAUGGUGCAGGCUGGUGGUUUGACUCCUGUUUGGCUGCUAACCUCAAUGGCCGCUUCUACGAUGGGCGUUACAGUGGCAUCACAGAUGGCAUCUACUGGGGCACCUGGUAUAUCCUGACUGACUAUCGCACAGGAGAAAGAUACUCAUUCAAAAGUGUUGAAAUGAAAACAAGACCAAGUAGGAGCUAGGACAGACAGGGUGACAAAUAAUGGAGAUAAUAAUAUUUGAGAUUUUGUCAUGUAAUCCAUUCACUGUAUGUUUCAUUUGCAAUAUUUUAGUAAAUUAUAAUAUUAUAUGGAACUUUCAUUGUAUUGAACGUGAGAUGAACAAUUCUUUGAAAAUACAUUUCAAACUGUCCAAGUUUAAGAAGUGUAAAGUCUUUGCCUCUGUCACUGUGCAAAUUCUCAUUUAAUUCAGUUAUAUUUGUUUUAUGAAAUGCAAACAAACUAUCACAUGCUAUUCAUUCU